AAACCGCUACUGUAUUUGAAAGCUGCAGAGAGAGAGAGAGAGAGAGAGAGAGAGAGAGAGAGUAGAAAUCUAGGGUUUCAGAUGGCGAGAAAUUUCGGAACUUGAACUUGCAAGAAGAUUUCAAGCACCAAAUCCAUGGAAAUCCUCGCAUAUCUCGAUCGAUUCGCUACUCAUUUGAAGCAUUUCGCCUUCAAGCCCUACCUCUAGUCUUUUAUUUCGAAGCUAUGAUGAUGGAUUCUGAAAAUCGAGUUGCUUCUGAGAAUGAAAAUGGUGUUCCUGAGAAAGCCACUUUGGUAGAUGCUUCAAGCCUGAAUAUUGGAAAAGGGAAUGAGAAUGUUGACAACGGCAUAGACUCCAUUCAAGUGAAUGGUGUUCCGGAAGAUUCAUCAAAUGUUGACGUUGUUGAUUCUAUUUCAGCUGGAGCAGAGGAUGUUGCCUCCUUUGUGACCGUUUCCGAUAGUAAAAGUUCGAAUGUUUUGAAGAAACCUGUAGCCAAACGGGUCGAUCAUUCAAAGAAUGAUAAAAAGAUGCCAAAGAGUGAAGCAGUUCGGAAAGGUCCAACGAUGAUUCCUCGGAACCAGAGGCCGAGCCUUUCUCAGAGUCUUUCCUUCCCAUCAAGAGGAAUUCUUACGAGCAGUUUGAAGAAAAGCAUUGAUGAGAAGCAGAUGAAAUCUGAUACCAAACGUGCCCAUGUCAAUGUCACGGAUGCAGCGUCGGUGGUCUCCAACGGCUCGCUUACUUCAACGUCCCGUUCAAAUAUUUCCAACAGGCGAGUUUCUGCCGGAUUGAGUUCUAUGGAUGCAAAGAUGGGUGGUCUAUCUGCCAGGCGAACUACUUUGGCAUCAAUGCCUGGUACUCUACGGUCUCUGUCUGUGAAGUCUGGCUCAUUAAAUGCAACUGUCAAUGGCUCAUCCUCCGAAGCCUCACAGUUAUGUGAUCCAAAUCCAAAACCAUCAAGACAAGGAUUGCAAAUCGAAGAUGAUGAAGAUGCCCACUCAACUACCUCAAGCACCACCCGAAGGAGCAGUGGUUCUGGUUUUGCUUUCAGGUUGGAUGAGCGUGCUGAAAAAAAGGAAAGAGGUCUUCUCAAAGCUAGAAGAGAAGAUUCAUGCAAAGGAAGUGGAGAAAUCAAACAGCUGAGAAAUCAUGGUUGUUUUAUAGGAGAGCCAGGAAGCAGAAAUCAAGCAGCUGAGAAAGAGCUUGACCUUUAA